CUUCAGCGCCCGAAGCCUACCAAUGAUCAUAAUUUGUUUUAUUGCAAAUGCAAAACAUCAUCCUAAACCCCAGGAUGCAGAAAAGUAAAAUAAAAUUGGAGAGCGGGUAAAAACAGAAAUUCCGUGCAAACCUGAGGAUUUGCUGUUGCUCCUAUGGCCACUUCACAAACUUCACAAAUUGUUGCAGCUCAUGUCCCCUUUGCAGAUUUAUGUUCUACGUUAGAACGGAUACAGAAAAGUAAAGACCGUGCAGAAAAGAUCAGGCACUUCAAGGAAUUUUUAGAUUCUUGGAGAAAAUUUCAUGAUGCCCUUCACAAGAACAAGAAGGAUGUUACGGAUUCUUUUUACCCAGCGAUGAGACUCAUUCUUCCUCAGUUAGAAAGAGAGAGGAUGGCUUAUGGAAUCAAAGAAACCAUGCUCGCUAAGCUUUACAUUGAACUGUUGAAUUUGCCAAGAGAAGGCAAGGAUGCCCUGAAGCUCCUGAAUUAUCGAACACCUAGUGGAGCUCGCACGGAUGCUGGGGACUUUGCAUUGAUUGCGUACUUUGUGUUGAAGCCAAGGUGCUUACAGAAAGGAAGCUUAACUGUACAUCAAGUAAAUGAACUCUUGGACUUAGUCGCCAGCAAUAAUUCUGGCAAAAGAAAAGACCUAGUGAAAAAGAGCCUUCUUCAAUUAAUAACCCAGAGUUCAGCCCUUGAGCAAAAGUGGCUGAUUCGCAUGAUUAUUAAGGACUUGAAGCUUGGUAUCAGUCAGCAAACUAUAUUUAACGUUUUCCACAGUGAUGCAGUUGAGUUGCACAAUGUCACCACAGAUCUGGAAAAGGUCUGUAGGCAGCUGCACGACCCCUCUGUAGGGCUCAGUGAUAUCUCCAUCACUCUCUUUUCUGCCUUUAAACCAAUGCUCGCCGCCAUAGCAGACGUGGAGCGCGUAGAAAAGGACAUGAAGCAGCAGAGUUUCUACAUCGAAACCAAGCUGGAUGGGGAACGCAUGCAGAUGCACAAAGAUGGGACGGUAUAUCGGUACUUCUCCAGAAAUGGCUACAACUACACUGAUCAGUUCGGUGCAUCUCCACAGGAAGGCUCUCUCACCCCAUUCAUUCAUGAUGCAUUCCAGGCAGACGUGCAAGUAUGCAUCCUUGAUGGUGAGAUGAUGGCCUACAACCCGACCACACAGACUUUCAUGCAAAAGGGGGUCAAAUUUGAUAUCAAAAGGAUGGUGGAUGAUUCCGACUUACAGACAUGUUACUGUGUUUUUGAUGUGUUGAUGGUUAAUAAUAAGAAGCUAGGGCGUGAGACUCUGAGGAAGAGGUAUGAUAUCCUUAAUGGUACUUUUAAACCCAUCCAAGGUCGAAUAGAAAUAGUGCAGAAAAAGCUAGCUCAUACGAAGAAUGAAGUAGUGGAUGCAUUAAAUGAAGCUAUAGAUAAGAGAGAGGAGGGUAUCAUGAUUAAACACCCUCUGUCCAUCUACAAGCCAGACAAAAGAGGUGAAGGGUGGCUAAAAAUUAAACCAGAGUAUGUCACUGGAUUAAUGGAUGAAUUAGACCUCUUAAUUGUGGGGGGCUACUGGGGUAAAGGUUCACGAGGUGGCAUGAUGUCUCACUUUUUGUGUGCAGUGGCAGAGAAGCCCCCUCAUGGUGAGAGGCCAUCUGCAUUCCAUACUCUCUGCCGUGUUGGAUCAGGAUAUACCAUGAAAGAACUCUAUGAUCUUGGCUUAAAAUUGGCCAAAUUCUGGAAACCCUUUCAUAAGAAAUCCCCACCGAGUAGCAUUUUAUGUGGAGCAGAGAAGCCAGAAGUGUACAUCGAGCCCUAUAACUCUGUUAUUGUUCAGAUUAAGGCAGCAGAGAUUGUCCCCAGUGACAUGUACAAGACUGGAACCACCUUGCGCUUCCCACGUAUCGAGAAGAUCAGAGAUGACAAAGAGUGGCAUGAAUGCAUGACUCUGGAUGACUUGGAAGAGCUGAGGAGGAAAGCAUCUGGGAAACUUGCCACCAAACACCUUCAUGUAGGUGAUGAUGAUGAACCUAGAGAAAAGAGGCGGAAACCUGUCUCCAAAAUGAAGAAAACCAUUGGAAUUAUUGACCACUUGAAAGCGCCUAACCUUUCUAACAUAAGCAAAGUUUCUAAUAUAUUUGAAGAUGUUGAGUUUUGUGUCAUGAGUGGGUUGGAGAGUUAUCCCAAGACUGACCUAGAGAACAGAAUUGCAGAAUUGGGUGGUUAUGUAGUGCAGAAUCCAGGCCCAGACACGUACUGUGUGAUUGCAGGGUGUGAGAACAUAAGAGUGAGAAACAUUAUCUCUUCAGAUCGAUAUGAUGUUGUCAAGCCUGAGUGGCUUUUAGAGUGUUUUAAAAUGAAAACAUGUGUGCCAUGGCAACCCCGCUUUAUGAUUCACAUGUGCCCAUCAACAAAGCAGCAUUUUGCCCGUGAAUAUGAUUGCUAUGGUGAUAGCUAUUUUGUUGAUACAGAUUUGGAUCAACUGAAAGAAGUGUUUUUAGGAAUUAAGAAACUCAGUGAGCAGCAGACUCCGGAAGAGAUGGCCCCUGUGAUUGCCGAUUUAGAAUAUCGUUAUUCCUGGGACCACUCUCCUCUCUGUAUGUUUCGGCACUACACCAUUUAUCUGGACGUGUAUGCUGUUAUUAAUGACUCGAAUUCCAAAAUUGAAGCAACAAGAUUAGAUGUUACAGCACUUGAACUGCGGUUUCAUGGAGCCAAGGUAGUGUCCUGCUUAUCUGAGGGAGUUUCUCAUGUAAUCGUUGGGGAGGAUCAGAGCCGAGUCUUGGACUUAAAAGUUUUCAGGAGAACUCUUAAGAAAAAGUUUAAAAUACUUCAAGAACAUUGGGUGACCGAUUCAGUAGACAAGGGUGAAUUGCAGGAGGAAAAUCAGUAUUUGCUUUAGAACUAGCUAUGUAGGGAAAGCAUAAGCUGUGUCACCAUCAUGCUGAAAUAGCUGGUACAUUCAUUUUAUCUCUUAAAUACCUCAAAAGCAUUAGACAAUAAUUUUCAGGCAGAAAAGAAAUGAAAUGGGCCAAUGCAAAAAAAAAAAAAAAAAGGUUCCUAACAUGACUUAUAACCAUGACAUACAAUGACAAUUUCAAGAGGGGGCUUGUGUGGUAUCCGUGUAGAAAGCUAGAAUUUGAUUUGGAUGUUAGUAAAGUGUUUUCAGAAGCUUUUACAAUCAUCUAACAGAAUUUCCCAAAGUUAACAUUCAUAACUUUUUAGCUAAUAAAAGGAUUAUUCAAAAAACCCAGAAUUGUUACGAUUAGACUUAUAAAAGUAAGUGGGCUGAAAUGCCUUCUUUGAGCAUGAAGUAUUUUAAAAACAGUUUUGUAAGUUUUACAGUCAAAUGAAUUAAUAAGUAGAUGUUUUUGAUAAUGUGGGGGAAGUUAAAAAAGAAUUGAGUAAUCAUACAACAUACAAACACUGGACAUUGUAGA